AUGGCAUCGAGUGCUCAGUUCCAGCUUUUCCCUCCACCUCCGCCGAGAAUUAGUACCACUCACGGCUCUAAUCCUUUUCGCAAAGCAAAGUCAAAACCUGGUGCACCGGGUGGAUCUUUCCCUUUACAACAGCUCGUCAAGUCGCCUAACGCCGAGACCGUCAUCAUCCAGAUCAUCGAGGAGCCACGCAAGAUUGAACCUUUACCACAAGCACGUAUUGCACCACUGAAAGACCGAGAUCCUGGGUUGAACGGAGAACCAAAGGCUGGCACUGGGAUACCUGACAAUGCCGGAGCCCCAGCACAACAUCCGCCUCCUCCUCGGCCUCCAGUUCCGGUAUCAAUUUACUCCGCAUCGCCGACACUUGUUACAAGCAGCAGCCCCGAUCUACAAUCUCAAGCAAAUUCACCAAUUGUGCCAAUGCGAUCAAUGUUUCCUACAUAUAAUCCAAAUCUCCCUCUAGCCCAACAACCGUAUUAUCCCCAACGAAUUACGAGUUUACAGGGACAGAUUGCAUCGAGAGAAGAAUACAGUCCACAUCUCAUUUCACCUUCGCAAUUGGAUGAAGUACUUGGGGGUGUGAAGACAGCGCCCUCAAGUGUUCUUGAUUUCCCGAUGGACGAUGUAGCCGUUAGAGUUCCGAAGUUCUCCUCUGCUCAGGAACUUGGUAGACUAUGGGAAGCGACAAAUGGCCAAGAGCCGGAUGCUGUCAUGUCGGGGUUUGACCUUCAAAUGUCACGCACUGAGCCUGCUACGUUUACCUUUGGGUCAAUGCCAUCAGUGCCCUUUUACACUCUUCAAACAUAUAGUACAAAUGAGCUGUGCAUCCACCGAACAAAUCCUCGAAAGCAAACCGUGAAGAUACCAAUACUUCUGCUAUCGCUCGAAGCAGAGGCUCGACGGCUUCCACCGAAUGAUGGUUUAGUCACCUACAUCUUUCCCAAGCUAGCGGCUAUGCUUGCAAUCGACCAGAGCAACGAGCUUGCUGAGCAACAUGGACUAGCUCCUACGCACCGUGAUGAAAUGCAGGCCGAAGCGGUUGCAAGAGCAGCAGCGCAAGAAUCAUGUCAGCUGAAAUGGAAUGAGACUGCACGACGAUAUGAACUAGCACAUCCUGCCAUUGGCCGAGAUCCCAACAAGAGUCCUCGCUUUGCGCAAUCUUCCAUUCAACCCUUCGAAGCCGACCUUCCCGUACUUCAUAUCACUGUUUCGUCUCAUGCACUUUCGUCACCCCGAGGGGUUCCAACCACGCCACCCGUCAUUCUAGUUACCAAUCCCAACCGUUCACCGCCAACAUUCUCGAUGCCAGCCGGCAACCGGGUGUCCACGCUUCCGGUACAUGAGUCUGAUGAGCCUCUCGCGUCUCUUGAUUUUGGCACCAUGACCCUCCACAUCUCAGCAAAAAUGAUUCUCCAGCUGAUGCCUAGCCUCUAUGCCAUCGAUUCGCUCGUUUCUGCUAUAUUUGCGGUUGCCGUUGCAGACGAGUUCACCAACCCGAUCAUGGCGCAGAUGGAUAUCUCGGCGCCAAGACUCUCACCUGUCGCCCCUGGCAGUGUCUUUGGUGGCGGCAGUGUGGCUGGAAAGAGCUACGCUGGAAGCGUACUGUACGCAACUUUAGCGGAAAGGAAAGAGGCCGAAGAGGAAGCCAAGUUUAUGAGGCAAGUACGUGAUAAAGAGGCAAAAGACAAAUUUAAAAAGGCUAGCAAGAAAAGCUUUUGGAGUAGAAAGCAGAAGACAGACAAGAACCGGCCGAAGAAAAUUUUAAUAGAUGAAUUUGAUCUCGAGAAGUUAGGCCACUAUCAGAGUGGUGAGCGCGAAGGUCAGAAGCUCCCUGGCGUGACAAGAUCGGCUCUCAAGGCGAUGGUCUUGAUGCUGCAGUUUGUCGUCUGGGGUCUCACGACGCUGGUGCGUUUCCUAGCUUGGAUAUUGGUCGGAGUCUCGAGAGCAGUCACAAGCGAGAAAUUCUGA